UAACGGCAAAGCAGAGCAGUGCGAAGGCAGAGGGGAGGAGAGGACGCUGAGACGCCCGGGGAGGCAGGAGCAGGGGCCAGAGCAGGACACUGCGGCCAGGAGCAGCUAUGGGGGAUGCCUUCAUCCGGCACAUCGAGCUGCUGGGCUACGAGAAAAGGUUUUUCCCCAGCCAGCACUAUGUUUACAUGUUCCUGGUGAAGUGGAACGACCUCUCCGAAAAGCUCGUCUACCGCCGGUUUACUGAGAUAUACGAGUUCCACAAAGCGCUGAAGGAGAUGUUCCCCAUUGAAUCCGGGGACAUCAACGUGGAGAACCGGAUCAUCCCGCACUUGCCAGCCCCGAAGUGGUUUGAUGGGCAGCGCUCGACCCAGAACAGGCAGGGCACGCUGACCGAGUACUGCUACACGCUGGUCAACCUGCCCCACAAGAUCUCCCGGUGCCUGCAUGUGGUCAACUUCUUCAAGGUCCGUCCUGACGACAUGAACCCCGUCACGGACAGCCAGAUCAAGAAGCCUGAGGUCUUCCUCCUGCCAAAGGAUGCCAAGAAAAACCUCACCGACAUCACGGGCCCCAUCGUCCUGCAAACCUACCGAGCCAUCGCUGACUAUGAGAAGAGCUCCACAUCCGAGAUGGCUCUAAAAGCUGGGGACAUGGUGGACGUCGUGGAGAAGAGUGAGAGCGGUUGGUGGUUUUGCCAGUUGAAGAAUAAACGGGGCUGGGUGCCAGCUGCCUAUCUGGAGCCGAUGGAUGGUCCCGAUGAGUCUGAAGAGCAGGAGCCCAACUAUGAAGGGGAGCAGUACGUCGUCCAGAAAAGCUACACAGCCGUGGAGGAGGAUGAGCUGACCCUCAAGGAGGGUGAUACCAUCGAAGUUAUCCACAAGCUCCUCGAUGGCUGGUGGGUCAUCAGGAAGGGUGAAACCACGGGUUACUACCCCUCCAUGUACCUGCAGAAAGCCGGGAAGGUGAACACCUCCCUGAAGAAUGAGCUGAGGAACCGGAGCGCUCCUCCACGGAGAUCCACCAUCCGAAAUGUGAAGAGCAUCCACAAGCAGAGCCGGAAGCAGAUCAGCCAGGAGACCUACAGGAGGAACAGCAAGAAGUACAUCCAGAGCCGGAGCAAGAUGAAGGAAAAUUUCCAGAACAAGGCCAAUGUCAUCAUUGAGAAAACUGAGCAAGAGGAGAACAAGCCCAAGGCUCAACCUGCAGUUCCUCCCCGUCCCAGCAAAGACCUCAUCCUGAACCGCUGUUCCGAGAGCACCCGGAGGAAGAUCCUGUGAGGCCUCAGCCCCCCGCCAGCCAGCUGAUGCUUUAUCUCCACCGGCUCCUGUGCGGCUGGGGCUCGGAGCCAGAGCGGGGGAUCCAGGUGGCUCUGGCAGACGCCACAGGUCCCAGGGAGCUGCUGGCUGGAUCGGCGCAGCCCAGCACCCAUCUUCAUCCAGCCGCACGGCAAACCCAAGGUGUCCUAAUGACACCGUGAGGAGGGACCAGCACCGUUCUGCCAGCUCCUGGGGGGCGGAGGCCUCCACAGCCACCAAGGACCCCUCGCCACCAGACCCCCUUUAUCCCCUAUUUGUGUUUUGAAUGAUUUUGCCUUUUUCACCAAUAAAGGAGAGACAUUUUAUAGACU